GCGAGUAAGUACGCGUUCUUCAGAAAAAUCAAGACCCGCCACUCUCGAAAAGCUUCUCUUUUAUUUUUGAAAGCAAAAAAACAAAAGAAGAAAAAAGACGCGAGCCUCUCCUCUGAUGCGAACGCUCGAAAAUGCAAAUGAUCCAAAGUAACAGGUACUAACGAGAAGGUGUGUGGCAUUCCCUCGAUCUCGAUCCUCGAGAUAUGACGUGUCCCGAUAACUCCUCCCGUUCCGAAGAUCGAAGGUGGACUGACGAAUCGCGUUGCAAUUUCCGGCUUGUAAAAAAAAAAAAAUAACGCGAAGAAAAAUACUGAUCAUCUUUCAUUUAUAUUUCCUUUUUAUAUAUCAUUUAUAUUUUCUUCGAGUCGAGUAGACAUCGAUUAAAAUCGAGUAUCGCUUGAAGUAAUCGUUAAGCUAUUGGUUUUCGUACCUACUGCAUAUAUCGUAUUUCCAUCCGUGAUACAUUUUCUAUUUCGUUCGAAACUGGUGUUGGUACCAAAGCGACUUCUUAGUCAUCGAAUCGAUCGAUAGAUCCGCGUCGAUAUCUCGUUUUUUAGAGGAAGUAAAUAUUCGUCGAAGUGAAAAAGAUAGCGAUAGAAGUUAUGCGGGAGACAGGGCACGAUAUAUCCGAGGUGCAUUUCGAAAAGAAAAUGCUCUCGGUACUCUCUCGGGCCGUUCGGUCGUGAGACGACAGCUGCUCGCAAGCCGUUCACGAAUCGAACCGGUUCUCGACGCCGGUCAAAAAUGCCUUACGGCUGGUAAUAAUAAUUUUAAUCGACACGCAGCUCAGGCCACUGGGUAUCCCCGACUCGCGUCUCGUAUAUAUUCGUGAGAUAUCAAAGAUAUGCGCGGCUGGCCCCGCUCGACAAGGCCCACUGGCCCGGGUGAAAGGAAAACGCGCGAGCUCGCGCCUACCUUCGAUGAAAUAGAGAGACGGAGACGGAUACGAAAGAUAGAUAGAGAGAAAGAGAGAGAGAGAGAGAGAGAGAGAGAGAGAGAGAGGAAGAGAGAGAGGGAAAGAGAGAGAAAGAGAGAUUCCACAGAGAACGAAGGCUUCUUGUUGGUACGCAACCACGAGAGUUAUAGAGAAAGAAAGACGUGCGAGGUGACAGAAAUCUGACUGGCAUUCGCGAAAGAUUAGUUGUAAUAAACGAAUCAUCGUAGAGAUAGACGGUGGCAAUCGCAAAAUCGGUGAUUAAGGGUGCGCUCAGGAUGCUGUACAAUCUCACGAAGAUCGAGAGGAUUCGAGUCGCGUUGAGAGCGUAUUGGAGUUCAACCAGCUGAGAAUGUCGGAGCAAAACGGGCCUGGCGAUGGCCCGGGACCUGGUCCAGGUUGGUGGCCGUCGACACAAUCUUGGAAGUCGUCUGGUUCCGUCGGAUCAAACUCGUCGUCGUCUUCUACCUCCGGUACAAGCGGCGGCUCCACUUCCGUUUCUGCCUCCUGCGCCACCGCCGCCGCCACCGCACCCACCACCGGAUCGGCCUCGUCAGUCUCACCGACGUCCUCCUCCACCUGCUGUUCCUCCUCAUCCAUCGGCAAUUCUACGAUGACUACUACUCGUUCUACGGAGGCAGGGAAGAACGUUUCUGUAACUGCGAUCAAUGUCCCACCUACUCAUGAAAUGCAUGAUGGCAAAGGCAUCUGUAAGUAUCUAGGAGGUCAAAAUGGCGUGACGGUGUCCGUAGUUUCAAAUUGCGGCUCGGUACUUGGCUGUACGAGUAGUACCAGCAGCGUGGGCUCGCAUGGCAUCGGUAUCGGUAUUCUCGGUUCAAAUGCCACGGAUAUCGACGACGCGGACGACAGCGACGGUGAAAUAAGCAAGAUCGACUUCCGUGGUGUCAAUCUGCGAACCAAGAAGAAACGAGAUAUCUCCGUAAAUCAGAGCGGUGAGAAAAUCGGCGAUUGCGAUGGCGAAGGUGAAAGCGGAGCUUGCGACGGUAACGAUACGUCCCAACAGCAACAACCAGAGAGACCUAUGUCAUGGGAAGGAGAGCUCUCCGAUCAAGAGAUGUCUUCGAACACCCUCACUAAUCAGGAUCAACAUGAGGAAACAUCGAUGGAAGGUGUUCAAGUUUGCGGUUCCAGUCCCGGACCUGUAGAGCAAAAGUUUCCGAUAAAGCCAGAACCAGACUUUCGGUCAAGUCCAGGAUACACGCUUGGUUCUUUUCACGAAGGGAAUUUGUCUUUAAGUCACAACCAACAAUUACAGCAACAACGUGGUAUCGAAAAUCUUGAACAAACACAACAGAGCGACCUACCUCUUCUCGUGGGAAAACUACUCGGUGGAUACAAUAGUUCCACUCCAAAUCACAGUCCGGUUCUUAAUCCAAGACAUCAUUUGACCAAGCACAGUCACACGCGAUCGCAGGUACCAUCACCGGAUUCCGCGAUUCAUUCUGCCUACAGUGUCUUCAGUUCUCCAACCCAAAGUCCUCACGCUGCAAGACAUUCCGCCUUAGGAGCAGGAAGCCCCAUUCCUUCUUCCUCGCUCUCCUUAUCUCGACAUAGCUUCAAUAAUUCGACGUCCUCCUUAUCACUCUCCCUCUCUCACUCGCUCUCGCGUAAUAAUUCAGAUGCUUCGAGCAGCUGUUACAGUUAUGGCUCUUUGAGUCCACCUACGCAUUCUCCCGUCCAACAGCCUCGACAUCCGCACGCUCACUCGCAACAUCAGCAUCAGCAAGUAGCACAAGGUAGUCCUUUGCAUCUCCCAACGGUUGCUGCUUCGGCCGUGAGCGCGCACCAUUACUCCUCUUCCGCACCAGGAUCAGAGCUUUCCUCGGAUGGACAUCCUGGAACGGAAGAUCAAGAAGACUGUAGAAUACCUGCUGCACCAUCGGGUAUCUCCACACGACAGCAGUUAAUUAAUAGCCCCUGUCCGAUCUGCGGCGAUAAGAUCAGUGGAUUUCAUUACGGUAUCUUCUCGUGUGAAUCGUGCAAGGGCUUUUUCAAGAGGACCGUCCAGAACCGCAAAAACUAUGUGUGCCUUAGGGGUGCAGGUUGUCCUGUUACCGUUGCCACAAGAAAGAAAUGCCCCGCUUGUCGAUUCGACAAAUGCCUCAAUAUGGGAAUGAAACUCGAAGCGAUUAGAGAGGAUCGUACCAGAGGUGGUAGGAGCACUUAUCAAUGUACAUAUACUUUACCGGCAAAUCUCGUUGGUAGUCCUGCGAACAACAUGACGGCAAGCGAUAAGAUGAACGCUGCUGGUAACUGCAGUCCUGCACCGCCCGGUAGCGAACAUCAUUAUUCCGUUAGACAUCAUUCGAAUCACUCGUAUAAAGUACAAGUAGUACCGCAGCUUUUGCAGGACAUCAUGGAUGUGGAACAUCUUUGGCAUUACAAUGACAGUGAUCGUAUAACUGGCAUUCAAUCUGGUGUGAUAACUUCUGGUGGAACUAGGAGCGCUCCUGCCAGUGACAUGUUGUUAGGGAGCGGAAACGGCGGAGGAACUGGCGCUUCUGCCGGUCGAAAUGGAUCCGCUACCAAUGGCUCUGGUACUGAUUGUUCCACCAACGGGCAUGCUAGUAACAAUAUUAAUAGUAGAAGGGAAGAUAAUACCGCAAGACCCUGUCCAACUGGCUCGGCUUCCACCGGUAGCCACGAACAAUUAUCCGCUAACGCUGCUAAUGUCAGCAACUGUAAUUCCCAAAUGUGCGGGAAUUCUAAUGGUAAUCCAUCGCAACAUCCGGACUUUCUUUCGAAUCUUUGCAAUAUCGCCGAUCAUCGUCUGUAUAAGAUAGUCAAAUGGUGUAAGAGUUUGCCACUUUUCAAAAAUAUUUCAAUCGACGAUCAGAUCUGUUUACUGAUCAAUUCAUGGUGCGAGUUGCUGCUCUUCUCUUGUUGUUUCCGUAGUAUGAGCACUCCUGGUGAAAUAAGGGUAUCUCUCGGCAAGUCGAUCACUUUAGAGCAAGCAAGGCAACUUGGUUUAGCGACUUGCAUCGAGAGGAUGCUCGCUUUCACCAAUAAUUUGAGAAGGCUAAGGGUGGAUCAAUACGAAUACGUAGCGAUGAAGGUGAUAGUGUUACUUACGUCCGACACCAGUGAAUUAAAAGAACCCGAGAAAGUUAGAGCUUCUCAAGAAAAGGCUUUACAGGCACUUCAACAAUAUACUAUUGCCAGGUAUCCAGAAAUGCCUGCCAAAUUUGGUGAACUAUUAUUGAGGAUUCCGGAUUUACAAAGGACGUGUCAAGCAGGAAAGGAAUUAUUAAGUGCGAAGCGUGCGGAAGGAGAAGGCAGCUCGUUCAACUUAUUAAUGGAAUUAUUGAGAGGUGAUCAUUAAAACCAUCGCCGGGACAGUGAACAAUGCCAUUCCAUGCUUAUAGGGUCCAUAAGCUUAGGGAAUUGGAUUCGCUAAGUAAAUAGAAAAAAGCUGUUAAACUAGUACCAGAUGACUGGAAUAUACGCAUGGUCCAUAAUAUUAGCACUUGGUGAGGGGGGUACGUUCGUGUAAGUCUAACUGAAUAUUGGAAAGCUAAAGUCUAAAAAAGAAAAGAAAAGAAAAAAAAUAUUUCUCUCAAAAUGCUUCCGUACUAAACUCGCAUGCCCGCUGCCUUGAAUUAUAUCAAUUUCGAUGCGGCCUAAAUUAUGCUCGAAAUGUUCAGCGUGCAUGUAAAUGCAAAUGAGACUGAAAAAAUAACUGACGGUGACACACAGAGCAUUUACUUUACAAUAAUGAGCGUUGUACAAAGAAAGUUGGUAUGAUGUAGCAUUAAAAUGCUACGAUCUAUUUAGAUAGGUCAAAUCCGUCCCAUUGCCUGCUUUACAAUAAUGUGUAUAGUCCGCAGUUGGGACGGAAAUUACCUUUAUUCAUGAUUGUAAUAAAGCAACCAGUAUUUUAUAUUGUUUUCUGCUUACUUAAGAAUAUGGCAUAAAAAUGUCUUAUAUAUAUCCCAGUUACAAAAGUGUACUUAAAACAUCAGUCGACCAAUUGCUUAUUUAUAAGGUAGUUAAUCGAAUAAUAAUUCAUAGUUAGUAAUACUUAGUUAGUAUGUAUCCAAUGGAAAAAGCGAUUAUAAAAGCUCAUAUUACACUUUUUAUUCUUUUACAUGACAUAAUGUUACAUCAGUAAUAGAAUUAAACUUCCUUAAAUCAGAGCAGACACGAAUAUUCACUCAGCUUCAUAAAAUAGUAUUUACAGUGCGCUUGGCAGCUAAAUUACAAUAAAACCUUUGUUAGAAGAAACAGUAACUGUAUUAAAUUGCCAUGAUGCUCCAAUAGAUAUAAAUAUUUAGUUUACAAUAUUAUUACAACGGCUACAUAAGUUGAACUAAACAAAUUAGGUAGGCAAGAAAUCAAUUUCAUUUUCUUCCCUAUUUUUCAAGGACAACGCGUCUGAAGAAGUUCGUUAAAGUGAUAUUAAUUACGUAAACUUUAUUUCAAGUGGUAAACAAAGGAAGAAAAUAAGUAUAAUGCUAAUGUUCAUUUCGUACGUAUCCUCCGAUAACGAUUAUGUGCUAUCAGCACGUCAUUUGGAAAAGUCGACUUAUGUUUUUCGUAAAAAAAGCCUUUAAUAUCAUAGUCAUUAAUUUACAAUGCAAUUUGUUUGCAAAAUCUUAAUCUAAAAUAAAGUGGUCCAAUAAUGAAUACGAAAUAUAUUUAAAUCACGUCUAAAAUCGAUACAACAUGACAUUUUCUGGAAGAAUAUAUUAUCUAAAAUGUUAACAAACGAGGAUGGUAAUCUUAUUGCUACUGCAGUUUGUCGACAAUAUAACAAAUUUUUUUCUAAAAAAGAAAAAAAAGGAAAAAAAAAAAAAGAAAAAAGUCAAUAAAAAGAAAAAAAAAUUAAUCUAAAAAAGAUGUAUUGGAAUAUUAGAAAUAUACUAUUUAAAUUUAAUAUUUAUUCUGAAGGUUUUUGUCUCAAUUUAUGCACAUGAUUAACAAAGUAGCAAACUAUUAAAGUGCUUUACGACAACCACAAAAUAAUAAAGAUUGGUAACUUCUUCAGAUUUAACGUUAUAAUGAUAUAUAGCGUAAGAUCUGUAGUAUAUAUGCCACAGCUUUAAUUGUAUAUUAUAUAUAUAUAUAUGUGUAUGUAUAUGUAUAUGUAUAUGUAUAUGUAUAUGUAUAUAAUGUACCAAAAAGUAGACACUGUUAUCACUGUUGUAAAAUGCUCUGUAAAACAUAGAAGUUUAUUGUUAUAUUGUAAAAAUCGUAUAUAUUUCUGGUAUCUUUAUACAUUCGUUUUAUUGAAAACAUAUUUAUUUUGAUAUAAAUAGACAAAUUUGUGGUGUGCAAAAAGAAUUACCAACAAUAUAUAUAUAUAUAAUUGAUCAGUGAUCCUUGUAGAUGACAAAUUUUAUAAAAGAAUAGAAAUUACUAUUUAUCGAUAAUGCUUUUACGAGACUGUCAUAUUGAUGUAUUGUUCUUUUUUGUUAUAGAGAGCCCGAUUUGUAUUCAGGUGAAUGAUUAGCACCAAAAACAAUGUUUGAUCUCAGGAUCAAUUUAUAUAUAGGGAUACAGUUAAUUUGCAAUACUUAAUUUCUAAUAUAGGUUAUACGAACUGUCUUCCUCUAUUUUUUAUUUAUAUAGUUCCAUUUUUAUAAAAUGUCAAUAUUAAUCACUGAUUUUUAAUGUAUAUCUGCAUAUAUAUUAUGUUCAUGAUAACUGGACCACCUAUAUUAUAAAUUAUUACUCAGUAAUUAUAUUACCUUAUCAUCUUAUGAUAAUAUUUUGUAUAUGUCAAUUUUUUAAAAGAAAGCUGGUAACAUAAUACAUAACUUAGCCAGUAUUUUGAACAAUUCAUAAUGAAUUGGUAUUAAAACAAAUGACAAAGCAAAUGUCUAAUACAGUUAGUUAUUUAGAACAAGGCGGCGAAAGUAACUUUGUACAUAUGAAGAGAAAUAAUAUUUUGUGGUAUUGAGUGUAUGGGAAAUGGAUGAGACAGAGAAGAAAGCUAAUCUAAUAACAAGUUGAUCGUUCAACUUAAAAAUAGAAGAGUAUGGAAUACAUUUAUAAAAAGAUAAAUAUUUGCCUGUUAAAAAUGACUAUUUUCUAUGUUUAUGUUUGAUAAAAGUUAUGUCUCCAUAUUUUAAUGAAAUAAUUAUACUUCAAAUCGUAUUAAUUGACUUUAUUUUAAGUUGUGCUUCUUUAUGCGUGAAAGGACAAAUCUUGUGUAAUUUGUAAAAGAUUAAAAUAAUUCAGGCUAUAGUCCAAAUUAAGUAAACCUACAUAUAUAGAAAAACAUGUCCAUGUUAUAUAAAUAGUCUUCCGUUCUUCAAGGAUAUAACCACUAUGGAGAAAAAAAUUUAUAUUUAAUAUUAUAAAAUAUAAAGAUUCUUGGAAAUCUUUUCAUCAAUUACGACAAUAUUGGGAUGAAGCUGUAUAACAUUAUUGAAGUAUGCAGUUGUCAAAGAGCUUAGAUAUGAUAAACUAUAACAUCUAUUUUAUAUAGAUACGCGCAUGUGAAAUAUGUAAACAUAACAAAGAUAAUAUAAAAAUUCACUUUAUACAUCAAUUAUAUUGAAUACAAAAAUAUGAACCAGAAAAAGAUUAAUAUUAAACAGAUAUUGUACUUUAGAAAUAAUUUUAUAGAUACUCGCAUACAAUAUUUUUUUUAUUAACUAUAUUAUCUAAUGCAACAAAAAAUUUAUCCUUAUAAAGAAUUCUUGUAAGGAAUGUGAAACAAAAGAUAAAGAAAAUUUAAUGUGUCAUAAUCAUCAGAUUCAAUGAUCUCUAUGAACGUUGUAUAGCAAGUUAUAAAUCUUAUUUUAGAUUUGAAUAUAUGCUAAUGCACACGAUAAAAAUUAUUAUGUAAUAGGUCUCUUGUGCACGUUUCUCACGAAAAUUAUAUAUUUGAUUUGAGAACGCAGAUUUAGCUAUACAGAAAGAAAAACAAAUACAAUAUAGUUGCGCGUAAUUACAAAAAUAUCGCAUUUCCAAGGAUGGUAGCUACACAUACGAUGAAGAGAUGGCUAUACAAGAAAAAACAUCGUUAGAAUGUAGUUUUAUACAUACACACACAAAUAAUACUUAUAAAAUAAAGAUCUUUUUACGAAA